GGUCGGCAUGGCGAAUGUCAUCAGUUAACACAAGCUCACAGCCACAGGAACAUCUCCGAAAAGUGGAGUUGUUCUAAUCGGUUGCACCACUCGCCUUUCAAGUAAAGGUCUUUAACACACGGAGCCGUCUCACCCAAGCACAAUAUGCGCGCAUUCAUGGUACUCGCCUGCGUGGCGCUGGCUUACGGCCGCCCCGAGCCCCCAGUAGGCUACAGCUACUCAGCCCCCAGCUCUGGAGGAUUCUCUGGUGGUCAUAGAGGAGGUCACUCUGGUGGACACUCCGGUGGCAUUUCCCUUGGUGGUGGCCACUCCGGUGGUGGUCUUUCCUUCGGCGGUGGUCACUCCGGCGGUGGACUCUCUUUCGGAGGCGGACACUCCUCUGGAGGACUUUCUUUCGGAAGCGGUAGCAUUGGAGGAGGCAGCAUUGGUGGAGGAAGCAUCGGCGGUGGAUUUGGAGGUGAUGAUGCCGGAUACGCUGGUGGAUAUUCCGGUGGCGCUCUUGUCCAGAAACACAUCUACGUUCACGUACCACCCCCAGAACCCGUAGAACAGAGACAGCCCCGCAUUCCUGAAGUUGCUCCUCCCCAGAAGCACUACAAGAUCAUCUUCAUCAAGGCCCCGACUCCUCCUACCCCCACUGCCCCCAUCAUCCCCAUUCAGCCCCAGAACGAAGAGAAGACCCUCGUCUACGUCUUGGUCAAGAAACCCGAAGAGCAACCCGACAUCGUCAUCCCCACCCCCGCGCCCACUCAGCCCUCCAAACCCGAAGUUUACUUCAUCAAGUACCAGACCCAGAAGGAGGGCGGUAUCGGUGGUGGUGAUGCUGGUGGUAUCGGCGGCGGUAUCGGAGGUGGUAUCGGCGGUGGUAUCGGCGGUGGUGCUAUCGGCGGCGGUAUCGGCGGUGGUGUCAGCGGUGGUGACUUGGGCGGUAUCUCCAUCAGCAGCGGAUCUGGCUCUGGUAUCGGCGGUGGUGCUGGCGGUCAUGGUGGAAUUGAAAUCAGCGGUGACUUCGGUGCCAGCGGUGGUGAUGACAGUGGAUCUGACGGCCACAGCGGAGCCACCAGCUCCCAGUACGGACCCCCCGGACACGUGGCGGGACCCCUCCACUAAACGAAUAUUAGCAUGGGUGGUAGGAUACUAAGUGGAGUUAUUUAUUGCUAAGCGAAAAUUAUGCCAGUCUUCAGCGUUACAAACGAUCGCGGCUCGUACCCGCGACCGGGGAAGAUGGACCGAUCCUACCACCGCGCCACGCAGCGCGCGGCCGAACGCCCUGUACAUAGUCACCUGCACCGCGUUCGCCUGCGAGCUACUCUACGACAUAACACGACUCAUCGAUUAUCUCAUCAUCGCCACUCAUUUACUUGUUAUUAGUGCACAGUGUUAAUGUUGUUCGAAAAGAGGCAUUUUACUGCGACUGUUAUGUUAUGUAUUAUAAUAUAGCUUUUUUAUUUUUAUAAUAAAACCAAAUGUGAUGCUUAA